UUCUUCCCGGGGAGGCGGGGUUGCCCUGCAGCUAGAAGAGGAAGUUAAGGGGUGGUCUUUCUAUUUUUCACCAAUGGCCAUAAUGAGGAGCGGCCUCGGUUCCUCAUUCCACCACUUAUAGAGCGGGGCUUGAGGAGAGGCGGUGUUAGGUAAUAGAGAGCCUGUAGGAGGAGCCUAGAUGACAAGAGGUAACGCCCCCGCGCCUUUCUGGCAGCAAGUGAGGAGGCCAGGGGUGGGUCCUUGCCGUAGGAACAGCCAAUCAAUGACAUGGCCAGGGCCCGGUGCGGGAGGCGUUAAGCCAAUCAGUGGGGGCGGCAGGGCCGGAGGCGGAGCGGGUGCCGCGGCAGGAGGGAAGAUGGCGGACGAAGAGAAGCUGCCAUCGGGAUGGGAGAAGCGCAUGAGCCGCAGCUCAGGACGAGUCUACUAUUUCAACCACAUCACCAAUGCAAGCCAGUGGGAGCGUCCAAGUAGUGUGGGCAAGAAUGGUCAAGGUGAACCUACCAAGGUCCGAUGCUCACACCUACUGGUGAAGCACAACCAGUCUCGACGGCCCUCAUCCUGGCGGCAGGAGAAGAUCACCCGGAGCAAAGAGGAGGCCCUGGAGCUGAUCAAUGCAGCACAUUGCAGCUGUGGAAGAACAGAGGAGAAUGGUGGGGUUUAUCCAGGAUUGAGAAUCACCAAAGCAGAGUUAUCACAGGGACACAAAGUUCAGACAGAGGACAUCUAUGAAGUGAAGGAGCUUUGUCACCCACUUUCGCACACAUGGGUCACAGACCUCCCUGACUCAAGUGUAAGUGGGGUGUAUACACUUCUGGUGAUUAAAUCUAAAAAUGGGCAGGGGAGAGUUAAUCCCAUCUUCACACAUUCCAUCUUGGAAUGGAGCCAAUUUUAAAUGAGUGACCCUAAGACUGGGCAAACAUGAGGCCUGUCAGGAAAAGAUGUGAGCUAGAACUAAUGACUCCCAGAAGUGGACUCAACAGUUAUCCCUAGUACUGAUUAGCAUUAAAAUAUAAGCCAUCUUCUAUUUUGUCAUAGCUCCUCACUAGCUCAGCUUUUUGUUUUCAAUCAAUAUUCUUCCCCAGCAGUCUUUGGUGUGGUAUUGAACCCCUGAGUAGGACACAAAAGUGAACAUGUAUGAGAUCUGAUGUAACUCUGAUGUUUGUUUACAUCUUAGAAGAAAAUCUAACCUGGUAAGUCCUUUUCACCUUCAGGAAAGGCUUCUUAUGUUAUGCCCUGAUAACAGGGCACCCAGACAUGUCCAAUCCCAUGGCAAAGUGUAGGGUCAUCUCUUCUUCAGCCUGAGUUUCAAAUUAAACCAAGAUGCUUCUUUGGAAAUAUGAUCCCACAUUAGUGGUGAGCAGCAUCGUCUAUCACCACUGCAUUCUAUAGUACUUGUGCUCUUCCCCAUUCCCCUUCCUAAGCCAUAAUUUCCUUUUCUCUCCAUUAAUCAUCUUUGCUGCCCCCUUCCCCCAUAAUCCCAGGGAAGCCAGGCUUAAUGGACAAGUGCACAAUAUCAUUACCAGGGAAUAGGGCGGCCCACUGUGAGCAAACUAGGCAGAACAUAGAAUUCCUGAGUCUUCUGCCUACCCAAACCAGAAGUACCGUAUAUUCUUUCCAUUGAGAAUAGUUAGGAAUUCCCUGCCAGGGCUACAGAAAGGGAGAGAGCUUCCUGGGGCCAAUAUUAACCCUAUGGAAUGUAUUCAUGGAGUUCUGUACCUUACAAAAUUUGCCUCAGAUAUUAUUUUGGUCUCUCAAGGUCUCAGUGGAAUAGACUGGACAGAGAUUUUCUCCUUCAUUUUGCAGAUGAAGAAAUGAAUCCAGCAAUUCAGCAAGUAUUUAUUCAGUGGGUACUGUGCCAACUGGAGAAAGAAAGAGAAAACCAAAACAGUUCCUGCCCUUUAAAGAAUAUAUAUUCUAUUAGAUCAAGCUUCAGUGAAGUUAGCUCUGCCAACUGCUAAUAGCUGUAUGCUCUUGCAAAUUACUAACCUUCUCUGAGUUUCAAUUUCCUUUAACAGGAAACUAGUUAUCUAUCGGAGUGGAUAGAUGCUAUACUUGGAGUUAAGAACUAAGUUCAAAUCUCAUCUCAAAUGCUUUUUAACUUUGUGACCCUGAGCCAGUUACUCUGAUGGCUUUCAGUCUUUUUCCUCAUCUACAAAAGGGAGAUAAUACCACCUACCCUGGAAGGGUUAUUGUGAGGAUCAAACAAAAUAAUAUAUGCAGAAGUGCUUUGUUAACCCUAAAGCAGAGAGAGGUGUCAAACUCACUGCAGCCCAUAAAACUCCCCAGUGAGUCCCAAAUCAGAUUAAAAUGUAAUUGGGAAAUGUUUAACAAAAUACAUAAAAAUACAGUUCAACACAUAUAAUGUUAAUUUGUGGUUUUCUAAGUCAAUAUGUGGCUGUAGGGAUCUGUUCACUUUUGAGUUUGACACCAAAGUCUUAAAAGUAUUAUGUAAAUGUUAGCUAUUAUAUUUGUAAAAUGAGGGGGUUACAAAAAAGAAAAGGAAAAGGUUAUAUGUGUACAAAAAUGUUUAUAGCAGCUCUUUUCAUAGUGGUAAAGAAUUAGAAACUGAGGGGGUGUCUAUCAAUUGGAGAAUGGCUGAACAAAUUGUAUGUAGUAUAUGGUUGCAAUGGAAUACUAUAUUUCACCAUAAGAAAUGACAAACAAGAUGAAUUUAGAAAAACCAGGAAAAAUUUAAAGAAACUGAUACAAAGGGUAGUGAGAAGAAACAGGAGAAUAGUGUGUACAGUAACAGAAUUGUACAGUGAUCAACUGUGAUGGACUAAGGUAUUACCAGCAAUGCAAGAUUUCAAGAUAACUAAGGGACUUGUGAAAAAAUGCGGUCCACAGCUACAUAAGAAACUGUGGAGGGUCUGAAUACAGAUCAAAACAUACCAUUUUUCAGGGUAGCUAGGUGACUCAGUGGAUAAAGAGACAGACUUGGAAACAAGAGGUCCUAGGUUCAAAUCUGGCCUCAGGUACUUCCAAACUAUAUGAUCCUGGGCAAAUCAUUUAGCCCCAUUUGGCUAGCCCUUACCAUUUUUCUGCCUUGGAAGUAAUACUUAGUAUUGAUUUUUAAGACAGAAAGUAAGGGUUUAAAAAAUGCCAUUUCCCACUUUAUUUCCUUCAUGAUUUUUUGGAAUGUAUGAUAUGUGUCUUUCACUAUACUGAGGAAUAUGGAAAUAGCUAUUAAGUGACAACACUGGUAUAACCUACAUCAGACUAUUUAGUGUCUCAGGAACAGGGAGGAAAUGGAAGGAGGGAGAAAAUCUGAAUUGAAAAAUAUUGUUAAAAACUGUUUCUGCAAGUAAUUGAAAUAAAUAAACCUUAAAAUAAAUAAAUCUAAAAUGACCACAUUGGAUUAGAUAAAUUCUAAGUUCAUAUUUAGGUCCAACAUUGUAUAGUUCUUAGUAUUCCUCAAGGUCAUAGUGAAUUAAUGAUAAAAUUGGAACUUUCCCUAGCAUCCUGACUCCUGACUCAUUGCCACUCUUUUUGACCCUUCUAGAUUAUGUCCAUUUGACCUGUUUAGAAUCCAUAGCCCUCUACCAAGACUUGGAGAAGCCGGCUUAUCUCUGAUCCAGCCCUGUGUUCCCAAUCAUCAACUGGCCAUGCCUAGACCUUCAAUGCAACUGUUUUGGUUUUUUUUAAUCUUCAAAAAAAUUUCCCUUUAAAGAG